UCAGACGCGCACGCACGUCCUGUAGGACCGAACGUGCGCUGCUAGGGGUCGGGAGACGCGCGCGCGGCGUUUUGGGUGGAGCAGAGCCGGGUCGUCGUGCUCCUUCUGCUCCCUCUGCCUCUUCUUCCUCACUGCGGAUGCUCGCGCUCUGAGCGGAGAGAGAGAGAGAGAGAGAGCGAGAGAGAGAGAGAGACAGACAGACAGAUCGAGGGAGCGGGAGAAGGUGGAGGAAUGGUGCUCGCGUGAAGCGUCCGCCUGUCCGCCUUUGACGGCACCAUGGAGGAAUCCGAGAGCAUUCCGUGCGCGCCUGAGGACGGGCUGCUCGCGAGCUGGCGCUGGAACCGGAGCGCGCGGGAGCAGGUGCAGCUGAAGCAGAAGAUCCGCGACCUGCCCGGCUUGCUGAAGCACGGCUUACAUCUGAGGAAGAAAAGCCAGUCACCUGACACCGUCCCAGGACCCAGCACCAGCGUCCCCGCCAAGUCUAAGCAGACCUGCUCCCAGAGUUUCCCCUGCGCCGGCCGUGCGCUGAGGAAUGCCUUCUUGUCCCAUGGCCCUUACCCCGCCAAAGACAAGAUCCACCUGGCCCGGAUUAUCAGGAGGAGCUACGUGGGUGUUGAGCUGGUCCAGUGGCUGUUGGAGCAGUGUGUGUUUGUCCAGUGCAGGAUGAUGGCAGCACGGGUUUGGCAGGUGCUACUGGAACUGGGCAUUCUGCACUCAGUGGACCAGCGGGUGGUGUUUGAGGACUCCAACACAUACUACCAGUUCUCCUUUGAGGAGUGUGAUGCACAAGGCUGUGAGUUCCGUUCUGAGGCAGAGUGGCAGAAUGGAGUCCGGCUGCUGCUGCAGCUCGUCCCCUACGUCCAGUUCAGGGUCGUCAGCCCUCCUGAAGAGGAUCCUGAGGGAAAGCGGGAUAUCUGCAGUGAGAUUCUCCAGAUGAAGGCUCUGGAACGACUUACAUCCACGGUACAGAAUGAACUAGCAGCAGCACUGGCAAGGAAAGCAAGGAAGUCAAUGUCGGAGGAGGACACCUCAGAUUCAGCGGAGAGUUCUUCACAAGAACCACAAAACCCACCUGAAGACAAAGCCAAGCAGGGCAGUGUAUGUGCGCUGAGAUCGCCGGAGGAGUUGUCCCGUUUGGAGAUGGUGCAGAGGCUGGCCAAGGACGGCUGCCGCUUCCUCCAGAACCAGAACUACCGGCUGCCCGACCGCUCCGCACAGGCGCAGGGUGAAGGAGCAGUGCGCGUGUGUCUGAAGGAGAGAGGUCAGGACGUGCUGGUCCUUCAGAGAGUGGCUUCUGACCGGACGUCCCCACAGACAGCUGGAGGAGGAGUCAAAGAAGACGAAAGUGAUAGGAGGUACGUGGUGGUGUCCGGAACGCCGCACAAGAUCCUGGAGCACCUGCUGAGUGACCUGAGGCUGGAUGAACACCAGGGGGCAACAGAGGGCAAAGAAGCAGAGAUGCUUCUGGACGACUUCUUGCUGACGUACCUGGUGUUCAUGUCCACUAAUGACCUCUGUCAGGCACUGCUUGGGCACUAUUGCACCAAGCGCUGCCGUGGUAAGGAGGAAGGAAAGGAGGCCCUCUACAGGAAGCGAAAGGUACUGCACCUGGUGUCCCAGUGGAGCUCUCUCUACAAAGACUUCCUGCGCGAAGAGGAAAAUGUCAAACUCUUCAUGAAGACGCUGUACCGUUACGUACUGGAGGACGUCUACGAGUUCCCUACACUGGAGAAGGACCUAAAAGAGUUCCAGAAGCUUCUGCGUCGUAGACACACUGUGGAUGAUUACUCUCCCCACCAAAAGAACAAGGCUCUUUUCCAGCAGCUGAGUCUGAAGGAGAACGGCAUCCAGCUCCGCGGAGCACACAGUGACAGCAGAGAAGUGAUGUGCCGUGUCUAUGUGAGUUCAGACUCAUAUUUGAGCAUCAGGGUCAGGACUACAGUGUUGGCCCAGGAACUCCUGCACAUUGUGGCCCAGAGGAUGGAGAAGCCUGAGGAGGACAUGGUGCUGGUGGCUCAAACAUACAGUGGAGAAAAACGCGCCAUUCAACCACAUGACUGCAUUUUCUCUGAGUCUCUGACUCCUCCUGGUAGACUCAUGGCCUGCUGGAAAGACCUGAGUGAGAUUCUGCCUCCACUGACAGACUGCCAGGAACUGGCUCAGCGGCCCACGCGGCUCCUGGGCAUCAACACGUGGGAUGUUUCCGUGGCACUCACCAACCUCGACUGGAGUCUUUUCAACUCUGUGCAUGAGCAAGAGCUGAUCUACUACACAUUCAGCCGCCAGGCGAGUAGUGGCCACACGGUGGCGCUGGAGCAGCUGCUGCAGCGGUGUAAUGAGGUCCAGCAGUGGGUCAUGUCAGAGGUACUCCUCUGUCCAUCACUUGGAAAGCGUGUCCAACUGCUCAAGAAGUUCAUCAAGAUCGCUGCUCACUGUAAAGCACAGAGGAACCUGAACUCCUCCUUCGCCAUCAUAAUGGGCCUGAACACAGCAGCAGUGAGCCGGCUGAAUCAGACCUGGGAGAAAGUUCCUGGGAAAUUCAAGAAGCUUUUCUCCGAACUGGAGUUACUGACUGACCCCUCCCUGAACCACAAGGCCUACAGAGAUGCCUUCAGGAAGAUGAAGCCGCCCAAAAUUCCAUUCAUGCCUCUGCUACUCAAAGACAUCACUUUCAUUCAUGAGGGGAACAAAACAUUUCAUGAUAACCUUGUCAACUUUGAGAAGCUGCAUAUGAUUGCAGACACUGUCCGUCACAUACGCCACUGUCAGACUGAUCAAGCAGGAAACGAGGUUACUCCGAGCGACGGCCCAGAUGUGAGAGCCAGCGUGCACUACCUUCACAUUAUUGACAAUCAGCAGACUCUGUUUGAGCUGUCCCACAGACUGGAGCCCAGAGCAUAACAGCGCCAUCUGCCAUGUUCGUCGAACUGCAGCGGCAGCGCUUCGUGAAUUUGUGCUGUACCUUUCAUCACAAGACCAGAAAAAAAUACGUGAUUCUUUUCGGAAGAAUCCCAUCACCCAGCACCGACUGAACGAACACUGCUUGCUUCAGGUGUGAUUUUGGUGACGUGCACUUAUUUGACCACCAGAGGGAGCCCCUUUCUUGGCCAAAACACGAGACUGAGUGGACCUCAGUCUGAUGACCUGUCUGGAUCCCCAGGUUGUGUUCCUAUGACGUUUGUAAUGGUUUUAUUACCUGCCGUCUCUACCUAGUCAAUAUCUCGUUGUUGUUGUAACAAAAUCUCGUAUCUCUGAAAUAACUUCAUAGAAGUGUUAUUAACUUUAAUGUUUGUUAAUGUAAUAAGAUUUUAUUUUGAGUAAUUUUGGACCCUUUUUGGUCCAUUUGUCAUGUGAUAACGUAAGAGGCAGCUGGCAUUUUCAAGCGGAGUUCAGCUAACUGACAAAAUGGAGUUACGAGGUUUUGACAUGGCAGUGACGAUUUACUUCUUCUUAGUCAAAUGAUGGACGUAUUCGCCCACGCACAGGACACGUGAGGUUUUUCGGUAUUGGUUUGUUGUCAUACUGAAAUACUGAAAUACUAUUGACCACUUCUUUUAACCUGUGGCUCUGCUACGGAGCACAAUACUGUUGUUUAUGUAUGUGUUGAGUACAUGACAGUUUAGUAGUGGUAAUAUUGGAACACAACUGCAUCACGAACACCUUCACAGGAGCUUUUCAGGGAUAUGCCUGCUAUUAGGGCAGCCAUUCAGAAUGGCUGAAUGAGAAAGAGAAUAGCAUGUGGUGCGUGGGGAGACAUAGUGAUGUCACGAAUACAUGCUUCACACAGACGGUAACACUUUACUGAAGGGCAGCAUUCGCAAGGCUACAUAAGCCUUUCAACUGAUGUAAACCUGCACGCACAUCCAUAAAGGCUCAUUCCAACAGGCCCCAGCUUUCACAGAGGCUGUUGUUGUUGACCAUGAUGCCAUUUCAUCCUCAAGUGUGAUACUUGUUGGAAUAAGCCUAGAUGUCGUGUAGCCUUUUGAACUCUGCCAGUAAAGUAGUGCCACACAGACUUAUGUAAUUACAAAUAUAUUGUUGGCUAUUGUGAUUUCUGUUGACUAUUAUAAGGUAAAGCCGUAAAUGGACUUGCCCGUGCUUGGGGACGGGGCUUUGUCCCUGCUUCCGUAACAUAGCAGUAUUAUUCCAUGGUUUUAUUUUUGGUUUUUGUUUCAUUUGGUCUCUCUCUGUGCAAUGCUUAUUAAGACUCCUUACACAUUCGUUACUGGAGUGCAGUGUUUUAGUUUUUCUCCACAUGAGCCAUCAGAUUUUCUCUCUCUGAUGCCAUAGAAAGGUGCCGUUGGACCUCAUACGCUUUCAGUUAAAAUCUAGAAAAGAGUUGCUUGCAUGCACAUAGUAUUUGCACUUAUCAUCGCUGUUUAUACAAUAAUGUGUAAGAAUGUACAUAGGUUUAAAUAUGUAAGUUUAUUGUGAGGCAUCUUCAUAUACAUAUGUUUCUGUGCCAAAUGCUUUUAUUAUUAUUAUUAUUAUUACUGUUAUUAUUAUGGGAGGGUGAUGCAAUAUUAAGUCUAGUUAACAUUGUGCAACUUUGUUUUUGGCCUUACCUACAGAUUUCAGAGACCCAUUUUGUGAAGAAAUGGUAUCGUGCACAUGUUAAUCCUUUGGAACAUUUCUGUUUUUUUUUGUGUGUUUGUUUGUUUGUUUGUUUGUUUUGUUUUGUUUUCUUGUGGGAGGGGUCACUUACUAACUUUUUUGGUAGCACUUCAGUUUGGAGGGAUAUAUAAUGCACCUGUAAUGUACCUAAACAAGCCAAUAGUUUUAAACAACCUGCUUAUUACUAUGUUAUUAAGCAAUAACUAGGGUGGAAUAACAUUUUACAAAGCUCUUUCAUUCUUGUUGUGCAUAGUGUUGAAAUACGUGAGAGUCAGCACCACAAAAAGGGUCUCGGUCUUGGCAUCAAUAAGGAUCAUGCCCUUUCAUUUUAUUUCCAGUUAACCAUCAGCAGUAAGCUGUUCACUGUAUAAUACACAAAUAAAAAUGAGCUAUUCACUCAGAUACUGGUUUCUUAAGCCUUAAUUAUGAGUUAGUAACAAGUGUGCUGGAAAAGUGUUCAAUUCAAACUAGUAGCUCCUCAAUAAUACAGUAAACAAACUACUUACUGCUUAAUAAAGAAACAUUGAGCAGCUAGUUAGUCACCAAGUCAUGGCUUGUUAAUGCUUAAUAAAAACAUGGGUGCUUUGAAAAUGUUUAAGGCACCCUAGAUACUGCUUAACAAUGUUUUAAUAAGUAGCCUAUUAACACCAACUACUAGCUUGUUAAUGCUUAAUAAUAUUCAUCCUAGAUACAUAAUAAUAAGGGGGCUGUUAAUUACAGACUCCUGGCUUGUUGAGGCUUAAAAGGACAUUACAAGGGCAUUAUAAUGUCCCUCUGUACUGAAAGGGUACAGAUAUUUUUCGUCUUAUUUUUUUCUGUGCUCUCUAAAAAGGAAUACUCAGAACAGCUCAGUAAAGUGGAAUUCCCGACACUCCACUUUCUCUAGAGGUGGUUGAUGAAAAUCCAUGACCUGUCACAAAAAAAUAAAUAAAUAAAUAAUUGUUCUCCCAGUCUCUCAGUACAUUUUGUACUGACCUUUUUAUGGCAUUUGAGGACUGAGACGCUUUGCUAUUAUUUAUUAUGUCUUUUUUAAUUAUUUGUGUUUAACGUGAAGGAUGAUAACCGGGCUGGAACGUGUCCGAGGGACAGCCGAGUGGAUGUGAAACACAGAACUCAUUGGUUACUUUAAGAAAAAGUGUAAUGUUUUGUAAUGUUUUGCAGUGACCUGGUCCAAAAAGAUGGUCCUGGCAAUGUUGUGACUGUCUUGUGGGUCAGGAGUGAAACAAAAAACAAGGAGAGAGAUUUUUUUUUAGGAAGCGGGAGGGUUAUUAUUAUUUUUUUUGUUGUUGUUGCUGCUCAGAUCUGCUCUUUUUCACACCAUGUUCAGCUGGUUUGCAUGUGGUAAAGCAACCCACCAAUGAGAAUGAACACGCUUGUCGUAUCCUGCAAAUGUAAAUAUAAAUAGAUAUGCUCUCUAUUAUUUAUGUUCCAAAACGAGAAAUGCAAAGCAAUAUGUUUACCUUCUGUGCAGUUUUUUUUCCCUUUGUUGCUAUAGAAACCACACACAACUUUUCUAUAAUAUGCAUUUUUACAGCAAAUGAGUGAAUAAAACGUUUAUGUAAAAUUA